GUGAAAAAAAAAAAAAAACCCCCAAAAAUCUUCUCUUUCUCCCCAUCCAAUUUCUUUUAUGCGGCGCUGCUAAAAACCCUAGAUCCGAUCGCUUCCUUUCUCUCGGUAAAGAAAUUGGAAUCAUUUUUCUUUUUUGGUUUUGGAAUUUUAUUUUAAUUAAUUGGGUUUUUAAAGAGGAAAAGCAGCGAAGAGUUUCUUUUUCCUUUUCUUUUUUUACUGCGCCGCAGCCAUCGACGCCGCCAUGGUGGGUACUUUGCCGCCGUCCCUACAGUCACAGCCCCCUGCUGCCUCAUCUUCUUUGGCACCGGCGGGGGCGGCGGGAGCAGGAGGGGUGGUAGCAACCACAACUGUGGCUGCAACGUCAUCUGGAGGAGGAGGAGUGGCGUUAGCUGAAGAAGAAGCUUUAAAAAGAAAUACCGAUUGCGUUUACUUUCUCGCUUCUCCGUUAACUUGCAAAAAGGGAAGUGAAUGCGAGUACCGCCAUAGUGACAUUGCUAGGGUUAACCCAAGGGAUUGCUGGUAUUGGUUACAUGGGAAUUGCUUGAAUCCAAAGUGUGGCUUCCGGCAUCCUCCUCUUGAUGGAUUACUGGGAACACAGAUGCCAAAUCCUGUGGUAACUUCUGUACCUGCUAGUCAGCCAGCUACAACACCAGCAGCAUCUGUCUCUUAUGCAUCCGGUAAACAAGGAGUGCCUUGUGUAUUUUUUCAGAAAGGGAUUUGUUUGAAAGGUGAUUGGUGUCCAUUCUUGCACGCACCCAAUUCAGCCAACAACAAGCAGAGUCAAGCAGCUAUCCCUGCUUCAGAACCUCCAGUAUUUAAGAAGGCUUUUGGCAGUCUGGAGAAGGGCACUCAGGAUAAGAAAAUUACUCAAACAAGUGGCCUGAAGUCUGCUGAGUUGACUACUCAGGCAAAACCAAUACUUAAAGUUGAGUCUGCUCCUGCAAAGAAGGAAACUAAUAACAGCAAGCGUUUACCACCAUCAGGUGUUGACAAUGAGCUUCGGGGAUAUAGGCCUGUGGAUACUGCUAACAAUGGAGACCGAGUCAGCUGGACCACUCAUGUGCAGCAGCAGCAGCCUUUGCAAGUAAACGAUCAUACUACUACGUUGAAUAGUAAGGAUUUAGAAGAGCCGUCAAGGGAGCCUUCCCCUGGUUUUGAUGUUCUGGUGGAUAAUGAGCUAGGAGAUUCUGAUUAUUACCAUACUGAAGAUCAUUUUGGAAGAUCAAGGGAUCACGAGGAAAUGAAUGAAUAUUAUGAUGGUCGCUCUGGUGAUUAUGGUUCAUUAUUAGAUGCUGACCGAGAUAUAUAUCGUGAUUCACGUGGUUAUGAUUCAUAUGAGCAGCUUCAGGGCCAGUAUGGCUGGGAGCAGCGUAGAUCCUCGUCAGAAAGGAUGUCUGGGGUUUUAGCUUAUCCAGAACAGAGGCGAUAUAGUAUGGCUGAUAGCCCAGAUCAAAUUGAUGAAUCGGAUUUGAGACAUCAUUUGUCAAAGCAUAGAAGAGUCAAUGGCUUAAGGUCAGUCAUUAAUCAUGACUAUCCCCAUGAAAGACCUGAUGAGCAAGGUCACCAGGGCUCUAGAAGGGACCUGCGCCAAGAUCGUGACAGACGGGAUAGCUCUCUUAGCAGUCGCCUCCGAGGAAGAAUAAAGAUUCCUGGGGCGUCAUCUUCACCAACUGAUGUAAGUGAUCUGCGGUCUGAUAAGGAGACAGAAAGGAGAAGGGAGCGCAGUGGAUUAUCUCCAGGGGGAUCACAGGUUCCUUCUCGGCUUCGAGACAGGAUAAAGGGAAAAGUACAAGAGGAUUUCAAUAAUGAUGGAAGAAACAAUAGAGGUCUGCGCAUGAGAACAGACAUGAUAAGUGACAACAAUAUUGAUUUUGCUGCUCCAAAAAGUCUGGCGGAGCUGAAAAGUAGCAAAAGUGCUGAUGGAAGUGAUCAGCAAUCAAUGGGAAAAAGGAAGUACUCAAAGAUUGACUAUCAACAGCAAGCUGGAGAGGAUCUCUCAUUUGAAGGGCCAAAGCCCCUAGAAGAGAUUUUGAAGCGAAAAAGAAAAAGUGAUUCAGUGGUAUCUGGAAGUGGCAUGACUUCUCAAUAUGCUGAAGACAACAGUCAAAGAAAAGCAGAUGAAAGCUCAAAACAGGUAGUUCAUUUCUCUCCAUCUAAGAAUGACUCCAGCCUCCCUCAUAAAGAGAAUGAAGAAUACAAAUUGGCAUCUGGUGUCAAGAGUGUCUCAGAAGGUGCCCAAUCAGGUGACAGUCAGUCGCUGUCCCAUGGUAAAAAUGGAGGAGAAGUUGAAGAAGGACUGAUUGUUGAUGAUGCUACCAAGGUCCGAGAGCCUGAAGCAUAUGAUCAUGGUGAUGAAGACUUUGAUUAUGAGCAGGGGGAUGGGGACAAUUAUAACGUAGAUGUAGGAGAAAAUGGAGAUGCUGAAGAAGAAUAUCUGGAUGAUGAGGAUGGUGAUGAUGGUGAUGAUGACGACUUUGCCAAAAAGAUGGGUGUAAUGUACUAGCACCAAAGCAACGGGAGAUUUUUCGGUACUCUCUUGCUGCUGUUGGUUCAUUUAAUAGUGCAAAGCUUGAUGAGCUUGUUUAGAUUGGCUCUGAAAACAAUUGGCAAAUUUAGCUGCUCUACUGAUUUUGUGUUUAGAAGUAGAGUAAUUAAGGUUUUUUGCCCCUUUGUACCGAUCAGAAGCUUUGUGUAUUUAAGCUAUUGACUGGAUGGAAAAUUUUCAUCCUGCUUGUGGUCUUCAGCAUCCUUAGUUUUAUUAUAACAAUAGAGGUUCAUGACUGUAACAUUAGAUGGUUUAAUAAGAAAAAGUUUUGAUGACUUGUUUGUGUGAA